AUACGGACGUAUAAAGUGGUUUGUUUUUUGUUUGUGAUACUAAAGUUUCAAUAAAAUGAAUUUGCAAGUCAAAGGAGGGCUUUGCAUACUACUGCUUUGUUUAACGCCCAUAGUCGCGUACGGAGAGAUCAGCGGCAUACUCGAUAGCACCAUUGACCUUACACCAGAGGAGAUAAAUGCUUUGCGACCACUUUUUUAUUACCUGCAAGAGCAAUAUAAUUACAUAGUUAGUCAAGCGCCUCAAGAGGAACUAGAUGAGGAUGACGCCAAGGCACGAGAUCCACAGUACGCAGCAGCUCAAGCUGAAUUGGAGCAAUACUUCGAUGCUUUCCAACAACCAUAUGCAUUUGGUGACGACAACAACAAAGAAAAUUUGUACAAUACAACACUGCCGACAGUUGCCGAAUUGAUGGGUUUCGCCGGCAUUGAUCUUACCGACGUCGAGCUUGACGAACGCGACGACAUUGAGAGUUUGCUUCAGGAGUCAUUGGACGAGGCACAGCAGCAAAUUGACGAAAUCGUACGUGGUUCCCUGCAAUUGGAGUCUGAACUAAUUAAAAUUGAUAAACCGAAAAUCGUGGGAUACAUAUUGAAAGCGCUAAGGGUGCUUUUCAAGGUGGCGACACGCGGAGCACGCGCCGCCUACUGCACCUACUCCCACAUACCGCAAUUGAAUGUGUCGCUGCAGCACAUCUACGAGGGCGCCGACUGUUACAGAUAUUCGAAGCGUUUGGUGUUGCGCAUUGAGCAAGAGACCGUGCACAUAGUGAGCACUAUUCAGAAGAAUAUCUACAGUUUGGCUGGUAUUUAUAAAAAGAUCGCCGGUAAAAAAUCUUUACUGGGCAAAUUGUCUGCGGUGCUGUUGAAUUUGUCGAAAAUUGUGGCGAACAUUAGAGAUACCUAUUUAUUGGGCGUCAGCGCACUUGAUAAGGUGAGGAAUGAGUUACCGAACGCCAUGCAAGGCAGUGUGAAUUGCAGUCGCGACUUCAUCGGUGGCGUGCCGCAGAUGGUGGAGACUGUGGCUAACUUGUCCACUUGCAUAAUGUAUGUCGAUAACACCACCGUGGAAUAUGACUUCAUGAAACCUGAAAAUGAACGUAAUUUGAAUUGAUUCAGAAAAAUGUAUAACUUUUUGAAAUUGUUAAAAGGUUAUUGCAAUAAAUAUUUAUACG